AUGAAUCUACCUAGGAAAUGGAAUGUGUUGAAUAUAGAUUCACCAAAGAAAUAUUAUUAUGGUGUUGAUUUCUCAACAGAAAAGAUUCAUUAUAGUCUUUAUAUUACUGAUUUUUCAAAUGUUUGGAUAAGUGAUGUUGAUGAAGAAAAAUUACACUUUAAAGCUAUUCAAAAUGGUAUUGAGACGGAAUCUAUAAAUGGUGUUUAUCAUACAUUGAUUUCUACAUUUGAAAAUAAUUUUAAUAGUGAAGAUGUUGAAACUAGAGUAGAUAUGAAUGAAAUGAAAAUUGAUAAAGGGAUACCACUGGAGCUAAGGUUAAAUUUAGUGAAAGUAUAUAGCAAUGCUGAAUUGAAUUGGAAUUUUGAUCUUGUGAUAUUACCUGAUUCAAGUGCAAUUACAAUAUUAAGAAAUCUUAUAUUCCAUUUAUCAACUAUAAUAUUUUCAUUGAAUGAAUAUAAGAAUGAUUUAAUAAAAGUUGUUGAACAUAAAGAUAGUGCAAUAAGAUUUUUAGGUGAAUCUAUUGAAGGUAUGAAUGGUGGUCAUUUGGUUUCAAGAUGGGCUCCAAAGAAUUCAUCAAACGCUCAAUCACUUCAUUCCUUCAAGAAAGAAAAAUUUGAUAAUUUAUGGAGAGAAAAAAAACUACCCCAAAUUGAAGAUCAAUAUAUCUGGAAUGUAUUGGAUUCAAAUACAUCUAAUUCAACAUGGGAUUACAGCACAAAUUUCCAAGAUCAACCACCUAAACAAACAUUAGAAACAAAGGAAAGAAAACCAAUAACUGAUAGUUUUGAAGAAAACCCAGGUGAAGAUGAUUUUGUUCAAGUUGAUGAUGAUACAGAUGAUGAAAGUCAAAGAUUCGAUUCUCUAAACAUUGAUGAUCAAAAAGCCAAAAAUUCUAAAAAAGAAGAGAAAUCUCGAGAUACAGAUACUGAAAGUGAAUCAUCGAGAGAAUCAUCACCAAAGAAAACAUCCUUAAAUAAACAAAAUGACCCUUCAACUCCAAGUCCAACUAAAGGAUCACCUUCAAGAGAAAAAUCUUCAGAACCUAAUACCCAAUCUCAAUCUCAAUCUAGAGAAUCAUCAAAUACCCCAAAUGACAAAGCGAAACCAAAACCAAAAAGACAUUUUGGUAUGAUUGGACGGAAAAGAAAAGUAAGUCAAACUGAGUUUUCUCCAAUAAAAGCUCAAAAGCAAUUUCAAAGUGAAGAUUGA